UGUAAUUUUAAAUUUGAUUUAUUUAAUUCAUAUUGUAAUAAUUUGCUUAUUCAGUACCAGCUGUUUAUUUCAAUGACAGAUAUGAUGAGAAGACCCUUUUUAAACGAUGUUUGGAGCAAAAAAAGCUUUCAGAAUCAAUUUGGUCAAACACAUUGGAGGGGUAUACAAAUUGGUGUGGAAUUCGUCAUGGAAAUGUUUUGCAGAUACAAUCUAAUUUACAUUAUGGUUUCAUCAGUUGCCUAUUGCAAUGGAUUUGACUUCGGAGAUAUUAUGAAAAAAGCACGUGAACAGGCGAUUAUAGCUAUGGGUUCUUCUUAUGUAGAUUGUUUUACGCGUCAAUAUUGUGAUUGUGAACUAACUGAAGAAGAAUCAAAGUGCUUUGAUUAUUGGCAUAAGGAUACUUGGAACACUCUAAUAGUAUUGUUGAAUGCUGAGUGUGAAUUCAAGGAUGGAUACGUUUUCCCGGAAUGGAAAAAUGGCUCUUUAUCUUCUGAUAUAUUGAAACCCUUUGUCUGCAACAAUAGAGACCAGGUGAAAAAAUGCCUUUUCAAAACAAUCAAUCCAAUUCUUGCUUAUGGUAGCAAGCUUGAAAGAGAAAAAGAUACUCCAAAACGUAAGGAUGAGUUUGCUGCUAUAGAAAAAUAUUUGACUUGUCAAAAGGCAAUCAUGGAAUCCUGCAUGGCGUUUCCAUAUUAUUGCAAGAGUGAUUUGAUCUAAUGGAUGGAGAGAAAGAUGAAAAGACAAACAGAACAAAUAGAAAAAAAGAUCUUUUCAUAAUAAAUUACAGAACAAAUAGAAAAAGAUCAUUAAAACAGAAUAAA